GUCCCCGCGGGGAUGAGUGACAGUGCUCCCCCCGUGUUGCCAUGCUGACCCCGCCAUCGCUGCCAGCAGGACGAUGGCAGCUGCGUGGCUACUGCUGGCACUCCUGGCUUGGCCAGCUGCAAUCACCACCGCCGCGCGGGAUCUGCUGCUCAAUGUCUGCAUGGAUGCCAAGCACCACAAAAGGGAGCCCGGCCCCGAGGGGCAGCUCUACGGGCAGUGCGCCCUGUGGAAGGACAACGCCUGCUGCACCGCCAACACCAGUGUGGAGGCUCACCAGGACCAGUCCUACCUGUACAGCUUCAACUGGGACCACUGUGGGGCCAUGCCAGAGAAGUGCAAGCGCCACUUCAUCCAGGACAUGUGUCUCUAUGAGUGCUCCCCCAACCUGGGGCCCUGGAUUGACCAGACGGACAUCAGCUGGCGGAAGGAGCGGAUCCUGUAUGUACCACUGUGUCGGGAGGACUGCGAGCAGUGGUGGGAGGACUGCCAGGACGCCGUCACCUGCAAGGUCAACUGGCAUAAGGGCUGGAACUGGACCACAGGCACCAACCAGUGUCCCCAGGGCACCAUGUGCCAGAAGUUCAAGUACGUCUUCCCCAAGCCGGCCACACUCUGCGAGGAGAUCUGGUCCCAUUCCUACAACUACAGCUCCUACCACCGCGGCAGCGGCCGCUGCAUCCAGAUGUGGUUCGACCCUGUGCAGGGGAACCCCAACGUGGCCGUGGCGCAGUACUAUGCCCAUGUCGCUGCUGCCUGCCCCACGCCCCCACUCCCAAUGCUGCUGCUUCUGCUGCUGCCCACCCUCCUGUGCCUGCUCUGAGCAGGGGGAGCUGCAGGCAGGAGCAGGCAGUGGGUGGCCACAGGGGUGUCCGGCCUGUGCCGUGCCCCCCCAGGGGACACCCGCGUGCUGCUGUCAUCCCCAACUCGCAUGCAGCUGCGGAAUAAAUGCUCCUGCGCCGCUCA